AUGCUAAGUUUCUUGAAAGAGCUCUGGACUACCGCACGCGCAGGAAAGGGCUUGGUGGCUAAUGAAUACGUCAGCUUCUCCACAUGCUUGGGAGGCUAUGAGACACUUGGAAACAAGCUCUUCAUACGAGCGUGCUACUUGAAGAUGAGGGAGUUGAUUGCCAAUGAUUUCAAGUUGGACCCAGAGACGCUAAAGGGCAAGGACUCCACUCAAGGAUGCCAUCAAGUAAUCCUCACAGGUACUCCAGGGAUCGGGAAGUCCUGCUUCGCAUACUUCUUACUUCUUCAGCUCCUCCGGCCUGGUGAGGAAGUAGUGUAUCAGAUAGGGAGUGAAUAUUGGUACUUUGAUGGAGAAGCAUGGAGCCUGCUCAUGGAUGGAUCCGUAGCGCAACGCUUUCUUCAAACGUUUAGGCACUGGUAUAUCUGUGAUCUGUUGAAAAAGCAGGGGAACUAUUCGAUAUCACGAACCGCGAAGACAAUCAUAAUCUCUUCACCGAAGUAUGGGAUGUUCAAGGCCAUUGUGAAUGCUGGAUCGGCGAAGAGAUAUUUCUUGCCGUUGUGGUCAGACGAGGAGAUGUCACUCUUCAUCAAGAUGCAAUCGGAGCGUGGUAUGGACCCUGACGAAGUACAGAAGAUCGUAGAGGAUUGGGGCAAUGUGCCGAGAAACAUCGUCGUGAAACCUUUAGAGACACUUGGGCAGGCUGUUGGAGGAAUAGAUUCAGUGAUAUCACUCAAGAACAAGAUGGAUGCAGCAGUGAAUGACGACCUUGGAAUGCCAUCGAAACUGAUUCACCUUUCCCCCAGCACUGACUUCAGAUCCUUUACCGCUCGAAUAUGCUCGACGAAGGAACCUGCCAGGAAAUAA